AUGGUCCAAGUCGGAGACGCUAUUCCCAGCAUUGAGCUCGUGGAGGGGAACCCAGGAGGGAAGGUCAACCUCGCCACUGAGUUGGCUUCAGGACCUGGUCUGAUCAUUGGUGUUCCAGCGGCUUUCAGCCCUGCCUGCAGCGACUCGCACAUCCCCGGCUACAUCAACCACCCGAAGCUCUCGAGCGCCGGCAAGGUGUUCGUCGUCUCCGUCAACGAUGCUUUCGUCAUGAACGCGUGGGGCAAGUCCCUCGAUGCCGAGAAGAAGAGCGGCAUCCGCUUCCUGGGCGACCAUGACGGCUCCUUCACCCGCGCCCUGGACGUCGAGUUCCCGGCUGCCCCGUUCCUGGGCACCAACCGAAGCAAGCGCUACGCGAUCACGACCCUGGAUGGCAAGGUCAAGAGCGUGAACAUUGAGCCCGACAACCUUGGAACUGAUGUCUCCGUUGCUGAGAAGAUCCUCGCAUAAAUAAUGACACGAGAUGAUACGAUAUCCU